UCCUUUGAGUUGUAGACAGCUGUUAAGAACCCUAAGAGAAACAAUGUCCAUAAAAGCUUUCUUGACGGGCAUAGAUACCUGUUAAAUUUAAAGUUCCGUACUAAUCAUUAUUGAAAGCAAACGCGUUUUAAUUACAGGACGCGUUUUAAUUAUAACGCCUCAAUUUGUGGUACAUAGCUUUUUCCUCACCUGUACUUAGAAGUCGAGAAAGCGUUUUAAUCUGACAGAAGCCACACUGAAACUUCAAUAGGCUGAGGAGUUGAGGAAUCUUCAUUUACCAGUCAUUUGAUACCCAUUUUUCCAUAACCCUAAUAUUGGGUUUUCCUCUGUGAGAUUUGCAGAUGUAACGAUGGCAGCCGUGACGGCUUCUGCUUCACUGCAGUUUAUUGUUGUUUUCGCAAUGGUAGCUUUCUCUGCAAUUUUUUGUCAGGCUAUUGACAAACCCACUGGAGAAAUAUGCAAGAACAGUAAUGAUAACAGCACUGUGUGCCAAGGAGUAAAGGGGCUUAAAUUCUCAAAUGUUUCAAUGGCGGGAUCGAACUCAUCUCCGCGUGCAUCUUCCACAUCUGCUCCUUCCACAAAAUCUCCGUCAUCUACACCUGCAACAAAAUCUCCGUCAUCUACACCUGCAACAAAAUCCCCAACAAGAGGAAGGACACCCAAGACUCCACCCAGUUCAAACGAUGGAUCUGAUGAUAAUACUAAGAAUAUGAGUUCCCUAUUUAUUGUUGCUCGCCCAUCUUUGCAGGCUCUGGCUCUGCACUUCCUGUGGGAUUCACGACAUGCUUCCUCUUGCCUUCUGUGGAUCCUUGUCUUUGGCUGCUCUCCCAUUCAUAUUCCAACAAUUGGUAUCAGAGCAUUGGGUUACGGGUUUGAAUCUCAGGAGGCCUCUUUCAUUUUGUUGGUGUGGAACCUUCAGUCAGUGCUGAGGGGGAGAUUGUUGACUUGGUCAGCACCUCCUUUGGGCUUCACGACAUGUGCUUCCUCUCGCUUCCUGUGGAUCCUUCUUUGGCCGCUCUCUCGUUCGUUGACAACUCAAGCUUUUGGCAUAAUGGUAGUGGUGAUUCCAACACUCCCAUAUCACGACCGUCUUCUAAAGACAAAGUAAACAAUUUCAUAUGAAUAAAAGUCUCCUUGCUUUAGGGUUUUUUCAUGUUUUUAGGCAAAUUAGCCAUUCAUAGAAUUUUCAAUGUGAACAUAAUUGGCUCAAGUACAUAAAAACCUUUGUUAAUACUA